AUGCAAUGCGAAGCCUCGUUUGUUGCCAGUCACGUGGUUUUCAACAAGACAACACAGGCCUCGAAGCGGGGCUUCAUUGACACGCCCCCUUAUUACUCGACGCUUGAGGGCGUUUGCAACGUUGCCAACUGGCAUGCCUUGUUUGGACAGGAAAAAUCUGCCCUGGUCAUCCCCGCUGUCCUGCAGACAUCCUGGACCAACCUUAUGGACACCACAAGUGCAGCAAAUAAUAGAGAAGACUAUAGAAUAGUCCAGGAAAUUCCCUCCGACUCCAGUGAUGAUGAUUAUAGUGACGACAGUGAUGAUGAGUGGCUGCCUAAGAACAAUAGAGAUAUAGGAAAUGAGGAUGAUGAAGGUGAGCCAGACAGUCGGGAUGCAGAGAGUCAGGAUGCUGACAGUCAGGAUGGUGAGGGCCAAGAUGAUGAGGGGCAGGAUGCAGAGAACGGUCAGCAUGAUGAGGGAGCUGUGGAAAAUGUCCACGUGGUACCUGCCCAGAGAAAUGUUCGUAAGACACCUCAAGCGCGUGAAUAUGUCUGGAAGCUCCAAGACAACGACUUUGAUGGAGACUUGCUGCCUUUUCUAGGAGACUGGAGAGUGAAUGUUCAGGGAAGGGAACCCAUUGAUUUUUUUAGCCAUUUGUUUCCCAUAGCUCUAAUUGAUGAGAGCUAUGAGACCAACAUGUAUGCUCUGCAGAAAGGGAAAGAAAACCUGGCUGUGACAAGUGAAGAAAUGCACAUUUUUCUUGGGAUCAACAUGGUCAUGGGGUACAUUCGAUAUCCUCGGGCACGAAUGUACUGGUCCAGUGAGGAUGGUCUUCGUCUAGGAAUAAUUGCAGAUGCCAUGUCUGUAAACAGAUAUGAGCAAAUUCUGAGUUAUCUCCACUUUGUGAAUAACUAUACUUACCAGCCAGCAAACACGGAUAGGCUCUUCAAAGAAGAAGCUGUUGCUGUGACAUCCAGAACCAGACCUGAUUGCAAGAUCUGCAGCGGCUUUUGCCAUCAGUGUCCGGGAACAGUGCCACUUGUCACAGUGUUCGGACUGAUAAAAGAUAUCUUUGUGAUUGAUUCCUCUUAUGUUGCUUUUGAGUACCAGCGUUAUGAGACACUGAAUUUGAGUCCAGAACUGCUGGCAUAUAAGGUGGCAGUUCCCAAUGUUGCCCAGGUGUAA